AUCUCUCCUUGGCGUCCUCUCCGUGGACUAACGUGCUCAGCGAUGACGACACGUCCCCAGCGAUGAUUAGCUGUUGACCCCUUAUCCUUAUUUUGCUUAACUAACAUUUAAACAAGUUCAAGUGUAAGAUAAAGAUUUGAGUGAAUACGUCGCACACAUUGCAAUCGAUAUAGUGACCACGGAGCCGAAAGUGACAAUAAUGGCCGAUCUUGUAAGACCCGACCUACAGAACUAUUCUCCAGCGUCAAAUCUGUCUUUAAAUGAAGAAAUUCGGAAAAGAUUAGCUGCAGGAGAAACCAUAUACCACUUUGCUUUCGGUCAGUCACCAUUUCCUGUCAUUGAAACAGCUGUUGAGGCCCUGAAGGAGUACGCAGGAGAAAAUGCUUAUUUGCCAGUUGCAGGAACAUUGGAACUUCGGCAAUCGAUAGCGAAAUUCCAUAAACACUUCGAAGAUUUAGAUAUCGAUCCAGACACUAUUAUAGUAGCCCCUGGUAGUAAAGAACUUAUAUUUCUCCUGUUACAGAUUUUUAAUGGAGACGUAUUGAUAAUAUCACCAUCUUGGACAACAUACCAUCCCCAAGCAAGACUGUCUCACCAUAAACCAAUCAUUGUUAACACAACACUAGACAAAGAAUGGAAGAUAACACCAGAGGAUAUCGAAAAGGUCGUUAGAGAGAAUGAAAUUCACAAAAAUAGAAUAAUCAUAAUGAACAAUCCAGAUAAUCCAUCAGGAACCAGUUAUACAAGAGAAGAACUAAAAAAAUUAAGUGAUUGUUUCCGGUUACACAAUAUACUUGUGUUGAGUGAUGAAAUUUACGGUCGACUUCAUUAUGAUCAAGAUCAUUCAUCCAUUUUAAAGUAUUAUCCCGAGGGUACAAUAUUAAGUACGGGUUUAUCCAAAUGGGCCAGUGCUGGAGGAUGGCGUGUUGGUUAUCAUGUCUUCCCUACAGAGCUUUCAUCCUUGAAGAAAGCUGUGCGUAGUGCUGCCAGCCAUACAUACAGCUGCUGCCCGGCUCCAAUGCAGUAUGCUAUUACAAAGAUGUUUCAAGAUCUUGAUGCGAUAGACAGUUACACGAAGCAUUGUUCUAGGAUUAUGAUGGCAGUAGGAAACUAUUGUCAAUGGGAAUUAACAUAUGUUGGCGUGAGAUGCGUCGUGCCUAAAAGUGGAUACUACAUAUUCCCUGAUUUUGAAAUUAUGCGACCUAUGUUGAAUAAACGUGGAAUAACGACAUGUGAACAGAUGUGUCUAGCUAUGACUGAUGAAUGUUCUGUUGUGGUAAUGGCUGGUGGUCCAGCUUUUCUGCGACCAGUGGAAGAGCUAACGACAAGACUUUGCUAUGUACCAUUUGAUGGUAAAGGAGCGUUACAGGCUAGUAGAAAAAUAGGUCUGGACAAACCACUUCCGAACACGUUUGUGCAGGAGUAUUGCACACCUGUUUAUGAUGGAAUACAAGCUUUGAAGAACUGGGUUAUGAAACAUACCGAACAACAAAUCAACAAUAUACGAUGAUUUUUUAUGCAUUUCCUUUAAAUAAUUCCGAAUAAAUAUUGUUUCUGCUUGAAGACGGAUCAAACAAAACAAUACCGAGAUGUUUAUAUUUAUACAAUUGUUUAAGAUUAUACAUUUAAUCUUUGUGUAAUAAAUGUUCGACGUGUAGUUAUUAAUACCCUUCUCCUUUGGUCUUUUGUCUCAUUGGCAAUCAUCUGGUACUUCCUUGUUAUUAUAAAUCGUUUGAUUGUAGUGCGCACUAAUAAUAAAUCUGACUUUUUGCAUUACAUGACAGGAAUGCAAACUUUUCUUAUUUUGCCCAAUAAAAACUUAUGAUAUAUCAAAAAGGAAAUUUGAUCACUUUUAUAAAUACAUGUGUGCGCUUAGUUUGUGUUUACACAAUAAUAUGAGGCAACAAAAUGUUACAGAAAUGUCUCAUAUCUCUUAACUGUACUGUCUUGAAACCGGUUCCAAACUCCAUAGGAGGGUUUUAUUCUGAAGAAUAAUGACAAAAUCCGCAUUUUUAUCAAAUUGAAACAAGAUGCUCCAAAAGAAUUUUAAGUCCUCACAUAUUUGUUCACAAAUCUGAUUGAAAAGGUCAUAAUUGUGGUCAGAUAAUCCCCAAAACAUUCCUAGCACGAUUGCUCAAACUAGCCAAGUAAUUUCCGACGAGAAGUCAAAAAU